UAUGCCUUUUGAUGAAUAUAGUUAUCUAUUAGUUUUUAUUUGGUAUUGAAGAAUUCAACCAGUGUCGUUCUCUAUCCACACGUCGGCCAUUCUGCCAGACCAACAUGGGACGUGUUAUCCGGGCUCAGCGUAAAGGCGCUGGAAGUGUCUUCAAGUCGCAUACCAAGAACAGGAAGGGUGCCGCUAAACUACGUGCCGUCGACUAUGCAGAACGUCAUGGUUAUAUCAAGGGUGUUGUGAAGGACAUCAUCCAUGACCCCGGGCGUGGUGCUCCACUUGCCAGGGUUGUUUUCAGGGAUCCCUACAAGUACAAACUGAGAACGGAAACUUUCCUUGCCUCCGAGGGUCUAUAUACUGGACAGUUCAUCUACUGCGGAAAGAAAGCCUCCCUCCAGACUGGCAACAUCCUCCCAGUAGGCUCCAUGCCUGAGGGUACCAUCAUCUGUUGCCUUGAGGAGAAGACUGGUGACCGUGGCCGUCUUGCAAGAACUUCUGGAAACUACGCUACCGUCAUUUCCCACAACCCUGACACAAAGAGAUCGCGAGUAAAGCUCCCAUCUGGAUUCAAGAAAGUUAUCCCAUCAGCCAACAGGGCUAUGGUUGGUAUCAUUGCCGGAGGUGGUCGUAUUGAGAAGCCAAUGUUGAAGGCUGGACGAGCUUACCAUAAAUACAAAGUGAAGAGGAACAGUUGGCCUAAAGUUCGUGGUGUUGCUAUGAAUCCCGUUGAGCAUCCCCACGGUGGUGGUAACCAUCAACAUAUUGGUCACGCAUCCACAGUCAGCAGAGACAAGUCUGCCGGAAGAAAGGUUGGUCUCAUUGCUGCUCGUCGUACUGGUCGUCUACGUGGUACCAAGGUGAUUACACAGAAGGCGGACAAAGAAUAGACCACUGUAAUUUAACUGUAAAAAAAGAAGAAACUAUACAAAGAAAAAAAAUUGAGAAAACAAAA